AUGUGUGCUGUGGUCAAGCGAAAUGCUGAUGAUUGUGGUGGUUGUGGUGAGCAGGAGGAGGAGGGGGACGAAGAGGACGAUGUGAAGGAGAAGAAGAAAAAGAAAAAAGCAGAAGAAGAAGAAGAAGAAGAAGAAGAAGAAGAAGAAAAGAAUCUACAAAUUAACAUCAGGUUUCCUUUAGAAAAACCAACCUACAUCCCAGAGAAGACUGAUCACCAAACCGCUGUGGGCACCGGCAUCCUUGUCCUCUUUUAUUCAUGCUUGACCAAUCACAUCUGGGAGGAGGAGGAAAAAGAAGAGAGUAGUAGAAUGGGAGUGGGUAGUAAACUUAUUCUGACAGGGCGCCGACGUAUUCUCAAUUCCUUUCUCGUACCACAGAGGGUCGAUCUUCACGAGGAGACUGCUUAA